GGGAGGGCGGGCGAGAGGAGGAGGGGUGGCGGAGGGGGGAAUCUCCCCUUUGUUGCAUGGGGGUGUCCAGCCGGGGCUGAGGGGAGGGGCGAGGCGGGCGGCGGCCGUUGGCGGGUCGUUGCCUCCCCCGCUGCCCCAUGAGCUCGACGGCGGCCCUGGCUGAGGGGGCGGCCGAGGGGGCCGCCGUGCCCUACGCGGUGGAGCUGGGGCUGACCGUGCUCCACACGGCGCUCUACGCCGCCCUCUUCCUCUUCGCCUACCUGCAGCUCUGGCUGCUCCUCUACUACCGGGAGCGGCGGCUGAGUUACCACACGCUCUGCCUCUUCCUCUGCCUGCUCUGGGCAGCCCUCAGGACCACCCUCUUCUCCUUCUACCUGCAGAACUCCCUGCAGGCCCUCCGCCUCCAGCAGCCCUUCGCCCACUGGCUUCUGUACUGCCUGCCCGGCUGCCUGCUCUUCUCCAGCCUCUGCCUCCUCAACCUCUAUUUCGCUGAGGUCAUAUUCAAAGUGAAAUGUGCAGCUGAAUUCAACAAGUACAAGGUCCUGUUGUAUCUGGGCUCCAUAUUUACCAGCCUCCUCUACUUAGUUGUGAACUUAACUUGUGCAAUGUUAAUCCAUGGUGAGGUCCCGGAGAACCAGCUGAGAUGGACAGUCCUUGCCCGCGCUCUUGUCAACGACAGCCUCUUCAUCCUCUGUGCCAUCUCACUGGCUUUCUGCAUGUGCAAACUGGGAAAGAUGUCUUCAGCAAACGUCUACCUCGAGUCUAAGGGAACAUCUGUCUGCCAGGCUAUUCUUGUGGGAUCUGUAGUCGCUCUUCUCUAUUCCUCAAGGGCUUGCUAUAACCUGGUAGCUGUGGCCAUAUCUCCAGACAAUGUUCCUGGUCCUUUUAACUAUGGCUGGGACAACCUUUCAGACAAGGUGCACGUGAGCAGUGAAGAGUAUGUGGUGUUUGGAGUUGUCCUCUUCCUCUGGGAGCUGGUGCCAACGACGUUCGUGGUGCUUUUCUUCCGGGCUCAGAGACUAAGCCAGAACUUGACUCCAGCAGGGAUGGUCAAUAGUCACAGCUACAGCUCCAGAGCCUACUUCUUUGACAAUCCAAGGCGCUAUGACAGCGAUGAUGACUUGUCACGGCUUGGGGCCAGAGAAGGAGGCUUGGCCACCCCUCAGUGCUCUGGCUGCUACGGGUCCCUGGCUGGGAAUGACAGUUACGCGGUGGGUCCCCAUCUCAGCGGAACCGCUACAGACGGUGCCCCCUUGCUCUUUGCCGCAGGCGGCUCGGAGAUGAAUAACCACCAUAGCUCAUACCCUGCACCGCAGAACUGAAGAGGCUGCGAGGUCCCUCUCUUCCCUGAAGUGGCAUUCAUGUAUAGGAUUGUAACCUGGUUUUCUCUUUCCUUCUUCCCUGAAGCAUCUAACUCAUCAACACAAACAUUCCACUGCCUGCCGCAGCUGUAAGCAGGACUGAGCCUAUGGCUGCAGGCAGUAAGCAAGAGAACUGUGACUUUAAGGUACCAUGUAGCAAAGUGAAGCUGAACUCUCUGGAAGCUUUUUUUUUUUUGGUCUGGUCUUCAAGAUGUUGGCAGCUAAAUGCACCAGAGCUUCCUCACUAGAAAAGAAACAUCAAAUGCAUAUUUGCACUUUUAUCUGCACACUUGGAAGGAACGAAUCUUGCUCAGACUGUGCUUGGUCUGAGACUGUUCUAGUUACUCUUUUAAUUGCACAUCCAUAGCUGGGAGAGGCACUGUCUUCCUGCAAAGACGUGUUCCGUGAAGUACUCUGCAUCCUGACUCACUUGGGAGCGUGCAGCUCUGCUAACCGAGUGCGUUAUGGGGAACGUUACAGCAUUCUGUGCCAUAUUCACACCCUGCAGGGCUGAGGCCUCUGGCCUGAGUGUGGUCUUGCUCUGCUCGUCCUUGUUUCACAGGUUCCUGAACUGUCCUACCCAGGACUGUGGGUUCAAAGCUGAGCUCAAAGUGUGUCCUAGCAGAGUCCUCUGAGGGUGAGAUCAAGUGUUCCUACUGGCAUUAAGCUUGUGAAAUUGUAAACAGCCCACUAGCUUCUGGUGGAGGAAGAGGGCUGGCUUGGGGGUACCUGCUGUUGAGUUGGGAGCAAGGCUUUUAGAGGCUGCUGCCUUCUGGGAAAGCUUUGAGCUGGAGCUGUCUCAGCAAGAGCGUGGGGGCAGCAACACAUGUGGCCCAAAGCACAUGGAAAACUGGGGCUGCUUUAAUUGGGGGGUGGUGAAAGGCAGUCCUGCUCCCCCCUCCUCCUCACCCACGGUGGGGCUCCUGUUUCCCCCUCAGUAUUAAAUUGUGUUUAGCAGAUAACCAAGAGUUUUAACCUGAAUGAAUGUGAACCAGUGGGAUCUCUGCUGAGGUGCAGGAGGUGUCUGUCUGUUCCUGGAGACAAAGAGGGAAGUGGCAGAUGCUGUGGAGAUCUGCUCUCUGUGUUCCUCUCCCCUGCUGUGGGGCAAGACCGUGGGCCUGGAGAUCCCCCCACCAUGGUGGUGGCUGUGUCAGCAGGGCUGGGUGGUACAUGCAGGGUUUGAGGGGGACAGGUCAGUCUGGAAGGAUGUUUUUCUGUCUCUCUGUAACCAAAAUAGCUAAGUUUUGCCUGCCCUAUAGGUCCAUUGGACUCUUGGAGAUGAGGCUUGAUGUUAUUCCUGGCUUUGGCUGCAGGCUGGGAUGGAGGCACUGGUCCAGGAAGGGCAGCUGCUCCCUGCUCUAGUGCCAACCUGAACUGGAACUGCUUUUAACCCCCCUAGAGCUGCUCCUGCUGCUCAAACCCACAUCUGACAGUGAAGGACCUGGCUGGGUUGAUGGAAUUACCUGCAUGUCGAGCUGUGCAGUGCUGCCUGGCCCUGGCUGUGGGACACUGGGCUGAGGUCUGGUGCUGGAGAGACCCUGAAGCCACCUCGGGUGUGAGAGAAACUCCAAACCCUGGGACAGCCCCGGCCUUUCCUCACUUGCUGUGUGCUCACUAGUAUGGCCUGGUCACCUGCUCACCCCCCUUGCUUAUGCUGAGCUAGAUGUCACUUGUCACACAGAGACCACCCUGUCCUGGCUUGGGAGCCCCCUCCCCGCUCACCUGUGUCACUCUUGCUGCCCCCCCAAAAAAGGAGCAACCCCUGCUGCUUUUUGGAGAAGACUCCGAGAUGACAACUUUCAGCACAUCCCUCUUGCUCUAGCACUUGAACCUGAGUGUGCUGCUGUGGCGCUUCUGGCUGCUCCUGCCUUAUGUGGUGUGAGGGACCUGUCCCUGUCCCUUGGCUGGGGUGCAGAAACAGGUUGUUCCAUCUCAAUCACUGCUUGACUUAUGGCAAAGCUAAUGAAGGACCUGGGCUCGGUGUGUUUGCCCUUCUUUCUUCUCCCAUAAGUCACCAAAGACGUGAAGUGAUGCUAGUGGCCCCUGUUCUUGCUUAAAUUCCAAAGCACUAGGAGCACUUUAAGUUUUUUCUUUGGAGGGAAAGGAGUGUAGUGCAAAAAAAAAAAAAAAAAAAAGGAAGAAAAUUUAAAAAUAAAAACUAAAGGGCUACAGGCUCAUUGUUCAUAUUGCACUGAAGCACACAACAACAAUAUGAUCUUCCUGGCAUUAGGAUGGCAGGUCGGGGCAGUGAGUGUCGUUGCUAAUGUACUCGUGAGUGACUGGCACAGUGGUUUGGUUUUAUUCAUUUGUAUGGAUGGCUGUUAAUUUCAAAACUGACCGCUCCUCUUGGGGCUGGUCCCGUGUUUUACUGAAGUAAUUUAUAGCUGAGAAGUACAAUGACUUUUUUAAUGCAUAGUUGCCUUUCAUUAAACUUUUUUUUUUCUUUUGGUAUGUUUUAACAGUGUUUUGGCUCUGCAGUCAGGCAGCAGCUGGCUGCAACAGGAAGCUGUGGCCAAUGAAUGUACCUAUUUGUUCUUCACUAAACUGUAACCAAGCACUACUAUGUUGAAAUAAUAAAAUAAUUAAAAAAAUA